GCGAAGCAACCAGUCAUCCGCCGGCGACGAGGAAGAGGACUGCUCAGCACCCGAACCAGAAACGCUGGAAUACGCUUUUGUUUACCCGAUUAAUAUGCACAGGAUUUAAUUAGCCAUAGAAUCCGGGGAGGAGCGGGAGGAAAUGCGACCCAUUUGGGAGUCGGCCAGCAGGCCGCUGUUUGUGCGCUCCGUGUGGCAGGAGACGAUCGGCAGACGCCACUUCAUCCUCGACUACGAGCCGCGACAGAGGCAGCGCUGGAAGCGCCAGAAGACAAGGUCGAGGGGCAACUACACGCAGACGCAAUCCUGGGAUUUCUUUGAGCAGUCCCCGCAGGAGAGUGUGGAGUACCUGGACGAAUACCUCCUGCUGGACGCCACCAAACUGACGCUGCAGCAGCAACAAUCGAUGCCCACUGUGGGUGGGCGGCCUGGCCCCGCCCCCUCGACGGGUGGAGGUCAUCGGGCAGAGCAGCGGCACAACAGCCGCCAGUCGAAGCGCCGGGCAUGGCUGCUGAGUCGCGGGCGAACCUAUAACCUAGACCACCAUGUGGACCAUCAGUCGCGGCGCAGUUCUCUACAGGAUGCAACCAGCACGCUGGCCACCACGUCCAACAAUCCCGAGGAGCGUCUGGCCGAAAGGGUGCUCCAUUGGCUGGACCUGGCAGGACGCACGGAUAUAGUAAAGGACAAAGUGCCCUCUCCACCGGCGACCAGUAGUGCCCAGUUGGCCAGGUCUGCCCAGAGGAUGCAGCGAAACCACCAUCGCAGCAUGAGUCUCAAGCGGGUGGCAGCGGCGGCAGCGAAUCACCAGAGAUCGGUGGCCAGGAAGCCGAGUGCCAAGCCGCCGCCCGCCGCCCAGCAGGUCACCAACUCCUCCCCAUCCGCCUCCAAUGCCAAGCCCAUAACCAUUAUCUUCAACAAGGAGGGCGUGCCCGUGCGUCUCAAUAGACCCGCCCGCAACAUCGACCUCUGCACCCUGAGCAGCAGUGCCAGCACCACGAGAAGAUUGGCGGGUCAGCUGGCCUCGGCCCGCCUGUACAGUGGAGCCACUGCGUCGCCUCUGCCGGAGGAGAGCCGCACGCCGCCGCUCAGUGGGCGGGGAGUCGGGACAUCCGCCGCCUCGGACAGCCGGAAACAGCUGCACAUCUUCAUGCCCAGUCUGCCCAAGAAGGGUCUGCUGGCAGCGGGUUCCACGACGGGCAGUGGCAUCGGAGGUUCUGGCGAGGAUGCCCUGAGCACCACCUUCAGUGAGCUGUGCCAGCUGUAGUCGGUUGCAGUACACUGUACUGAGUAAACUCAUUCAGGCUCUAAUGGUGAACAAUAAAAUACAUAGGAAUAGGAAUACAUAGGAAAACACAUCCAAUCUUUCAAGAUUUGCAAUGGAGUUUAUCUAAUCUUUCAAGAUUUGCAGUUAAGUUUAUCUAAUCUUUCAAGAUUUGUAAUGGAGUUUACUUAAAACGAGUUUUACUAUUUGAAUUUUUGAACGUUUCUUUGUAUUUAGCCCGUAGAAUCAAUUUUUGCACAACUUUAAAUUAUAAUUAUCUUAAAUUUCCUGAUCGGCAAAAUAAAUUAAAAGGUUUUUAGGUUUUUACUACAUGAAGCCUUUACAAACGUGUUUUCCCAUUCCUUCGUACAACAAAAGUUCAGUGACAUUCACGUGGUUAAUGCGGUUAAUUUGGAUAACUAUUGCUCAUCCUGUUCCUUACCCAAAAGAAAAACUUUUCGUUUUCCUUGUAAGGCAACCUGGGUUUUAUUUAUAAGUUCCAAAGAAAACUAAGCCACUGUAGUGGUUCUAUAGUAUGUUGUAUAGAACACAGAAAAAAGAAAGGGGAAAUUAGUUAUAUUAAUGUGUAUACCAAAAUCAAAAAGAGAAAAACUAAAUAAACGAAGAAUUACAUUUUCGAAUUUGGGACUCUCUUAAAAAUCUUAGGUUUACUAUAGAAAUAAUGCUUGGAGUACUAACAAGAAGUGUACGAAAAUCUACAAAGCCAAGAGGAGGGUGACAGAUAUAGUUGAACUA